CGAUGCGCCGGGCACCGUCGUCGUCGUGAACCACGGCCGCGAUCGCGCGGCGUUCAGCUGCUAGCUACCACCACCGCAUCCUACAUCCGCGCUCGAGACUCGCCUCGCGGAGCGACAACAGCCUACGCUAGUGGCCGCGUGUUCGCGCGACCGACGUCGCGGUCGAUAGACCCGCGCCUGAUAAAAGAGGAGAUACAGCCAAGUGGAGGAUACCCGGAAGAAGAGAAGGUGGAGGAGGAAGAAGAGGUGAUGGUGAUGAUCGUGCUGGUGGUGGUGAGGUGAAUUAAUUCUAGGCCACGCGCUUCACGUGCUUCUCUUCCAAGACCUGAGACUCGUCGGAAGCUCUUCUCCCGAGAAGGAUCUCGCGUAUCCUCUGCAUUGUGUGACCUCGUGGCGAAGAUCGCGGCGCUACCAUCCUCUGGGGACACCGCGAUAUCGGGGCAAGGUUAUUGCGCGCUCGCCACCUCCCCAGGUGAGAAGCGCAGGUGAGAGGAAUUACCGGGCAGGCGCGUCGAGAGAUGCACGGCAACUCCGCACUUGGGUCCGUUACCUCUUCGGCUCCGGUGUAAGAUGCGAUCGGCAGGCAUCCGCUCGCAACGUCGAUCGCGACAGUGCGGAGCAACGCGCGUCGAUCGUUGGGAUUAAAACACGUUCGGAUACAUCGCGAACAUCGGAAUAUUCGUCGCUGUAUUCCGCAACGGAAAGAUUGGCGUACGAGAUCGAGAUCGAGAGCGCUAAGCAUCCCCGAUGACGCCGUCGGGAACAACCGAUCGUUCGCGCGAUUAGUCGAACAGCGUGCGUGCGGGGAAAAAAGACCGAAUGCACAGCAAGAUCGGGCAAUGAGAAUCUCUUCCCGAACCGUCGAGGAGUCCCGGAACCUCACACAGCCCCGGGCGCCGAGGAGGCCACGACAUCGUUGAAGGCCUCCGUAAUCGCCAAAGAAACGCCGCGUUCGCGAGAGAGAGGCACUCGAGGGACUCGAGGAUGUCGCUGCACUAUCCUCAGGGAUACCGGUACCGAUCCGCGUCGAAGGCGGUCAGCGGGGUCGGGGUCGGCGAGCAAAGCUCCGACAGCGACGUGGCGGAGCUCAGCGACCUCGAGGAUGACGAAGACGAGGAUGGGGUUCGCGAGUCCGCCGUUAGGCGAGCAGUCGAAGAGGAGGACGACGAAGAUCAUGAAAACGACGUGGACGACGAUGACGAGGAAGAUGACGACGAGGAUGACGAGGAUGAUGACGAUGAGGACGAGGAGGAGGAAGGCGAGGGUCUACCCUAUCCAGGCUUCAUUCCGAUCGCUCUCAGAUAUCUCGACCAGACCACACGACCGCGCAACUGGUGUCUCGCGCUGAUUACUAAUCCGUGGUUCGAAAGGGUGAGCAUGAUGGUGAUUCUUCUGAACUGCAUCACGCUCGGGAUGUACCAACCAUGCGUGGACGACCAGUGCGUAACGAAUCGAUGUAAAAUAUUGCAGAUGUUCGAUGAUAUCAUUUUUGCCUUCUUCUCCCUGGAGAUGACCAUAAAGAUGGUGGCAAUGGGAAUUUAUGGUAAAGGAACUUAUCUCGCGGAUUCUUGGAAUAGAUUAGACUUCUUUAUAGUGGCGGCUGGCGCUUUGGAAUACUGCCUAAACGUGGAAAAUAUGAAUCUGUCAGCCAUCCGAACGAUAAGGGUAUUAAGACCGUUACGUGCGAUCAAUCGAAUACCAAGUAUGCGGAUAUUGGUGAUGCUGCUGCUUGACACUCUUCCUAUGCUGGGCAACGUCUUGUUGUUGUGCUUCUUCGUCUUCUUCAUAUUUGGUAUCGUCGGCGUGCAACUAUGGGAGGGCAUAUUACGCCAACGCUGCUUCCUCAAGGCUCUGCCCAAUGUCAAGUAUCCCGAUGAUCUGGAGAAAUAUUUCGAGUAUCAGGGUCAAGAUUACAUUUGUUCGCGUCCCGACGACAGCGGGAUGCACUCCUGCAGUAAUCUGCCGCCUCUCAAGUUUGGGAACGUGGUGUGCAACAAUACCGCAGUGCCAAACAGUAACAUCACGUUUAUCAGCAACGAUACCUGCGUUAAUUGGAACUACUACUACACGGAGUGCAAAGGCCAGGGCAACAAUCCAUUCCAAGGAACAAUUUCGUUCGAUAACAUUGGUCUCGCCUGGGUUGCCAUAUUUCUUGUAAUUAGUCUGGAAGGAUGGACGGACAUAAUGUAUUACGUGCAAGACGCCCACUCGUUCUGGGACUGGAUAUACUUCGUACUCCUGAUAGUCAUCGGCUCGUUCUUCAUGAUCAACCUCUGCCUGGUCGUAAUCGCGACGCAAUUCUCGGAAACGAAGAAGCGGGAGAUGGAGAGGAUGCGGCUGGAGCGCGCGCGUUACCAUUCGACCUCGACGCUCGCCUCGUCUACGAAUACCUCGGAGCCUACUACUUGUUACGCCGAAAUCGUCAAAUAUAUCGCCCACCUCUGGCGACGGGGUAAACGAAGACUGAUGAAGAGAUAUCGCCUGUGGUUGUACAGGAGACAGCAGAAGCGCGAGCAAAAUCUGCUCAAAGAACAGCAGAAUCAAGCUUUUCGUUCGAACACCACUGCUGUUGGGCCGAAUCGCGUACCGGGCGAUAGAAGACUGCAUCACGGGAGGUGUCCGCGACUCCUCGCCGCGUUAGAAUAUGCGGAACAACAGCAACAGCAGCAACAACAGGUCGUGAGCGGUCAUGGCGGAUCCGUUGCUGAUUUCGCUGCGAUCACAUCCCCGACGCAAUCGAUGGUAGCAAUCGCCGCUCCCACGACCGUCGGCAAUAGCGUCGGUGGUAGCGGAAACUCGGACACAGCACCCCGAGCCAGCCCCGAACUUUCCGAAGCCGAGGCUUCCACGAACAUGUGCCACAGAUUGAGCGUUCAUCGCACCUCCUCCGCGUCCUGCAACGGAAGUGACAACGUCGUAGGAAAUGCGGCCGAGACGAACAGCACGUUGUUGAGUCCACCAUGUACGCAUUAUCGGAGAAGAAGCAGCGUAAUGUUUAGCGACGUGGUACUGCUCCAUGGCAGCAAUAAUGUCGGGAAUGCGUUGCAGCCGGGGAUGACGGUGACGCCGGGCGAACGCAACGUCUGCUCGAGCGAGAAGAUGACACAGACGGGCGAUGGUAACGUUUGGUCCAGUCCGCUGUCGGACCAUGCACAGAUGCAAGUCGAGCUGGGUGGUAACGAGGCUAUGACGUGUCAAGAAUUGCUGGCUCUCAGCGGUGCCCUCAGCGCUGCUCUACCUACUGGCCAAUUAGCGCUCGAUUCUUUUCUAAAUUCUCUCACAAAAGGUAUAACGGAUCGUCACAUCACAUUGGAAAAACGCACACAGUGGUUGACAUCCGACGUUGACAAUUGUUCCUGUUGUUGCGAGCUGCAGGGAGGCGAACAGUGGCCGGACGAGAAUGAAAAGUGGCAAAAGUCUUCGCGGCCCAAACGGUUCCUGAGACGUGCCGGCAACUGCUGCAUCUGCACCUUGCGUUGUAUAAGACGGUGGAUCAAGAAACUUGUUGAACACAAAUACUUCCAGCAGGGUAUUCUACUGGCAAUCCUCAUCAACACAUUGAGCAUGGGAAUCGAAUAUCACAACCAGCCGGAACAAUUAACAGUGGCUGUUGAAAUAAGCAAUAUUGUAUUCUCGGCGAUCUUUGCGGUGGAGAUGUUGCUUAAGGUAAUAGCAGAAGGUCCAUUCGGUUAUAUCAGUAAUGGCUUCAAUGUCUUCGACGGCAUCGUCGUCAUCCUAAGCGUCGUCGAGCUCUGCCAGGCGGUCGUGGAGGAACGUGGCGGCAGUUCCGGUUUGAGCGUCCUGCGCACCUUCCGCCUCCUCAGGAUCCUAAAGCUUGUGCGAUUCCUGCCCAAUCUGCGACGUCAGCUCUUUGUGAUGCUGCGCACCAUGGAUAACGUUGCCGUAUUCUUUUCUCUUUUAGUACUUUUCAUCUUUAUAUUCAGCAUCCUAGGGAUGUACCUGUUCGGGGGUAAGUUUUGCAUGUGGGCGGACCGGAGUCGGCCCUGCACCUGUGCCGAGGUGGUCUCGCGGCACCCAUUGUGUCGCUGUGAUCGCAAACAUUUCAACGACAUCGUCUGGGCACUAGUCACUGUCUUUCAGAUUCUCACGCAAGAAGAUUGGAACGUCGUCCUCUUCAAUGGUAUGCAGAAGACAUCUCAUUGGGCUGCACUUUAUUUCGUAGCGUUGAUGACCUUCGGAAAUUAUGUUCUCUUUAAUCUUCUGGUCGCUAUUCUCGUUGAAGGCUUCUCAUCGGAGAGAAACGAGAGGAGAGAACGAGAGCAGAGAGAAAUGGCGAAGAGACUCGCUGCAAAAGAGGCUGGAAUGGGCAGCGAAGACGGAUCGUCGAGAGUAUCAGGAUCGCAUUCGAUCUCUGACAGCGAUACGUAUACCCAGGAUCAAAAGAACUCGUGGCAGAGUGCAGAAGAGCUUAGAAAAUACAAGGACAACAGGGAGAAGCAAAACAGCGCGUGGAAGCAACGGAUCGAUGAACCCAAGUGUAAUAUCCAAAAAGAGAGCAAGAUGAUGGGUGUGGCGGGUCAGCCGCCGAUAAUCACUCAUACGGCGGCUACUCCUCAAGACUCUCCGAACACCACGUUGGACGUCGGCUACAGAGACCUCAAUUGCCGAGCAGUUUAUCCGGCUGCUGCCCUUUCAAUCGAGUCCAUCGAUCGAUCUGGCAGUCAGUGCAGUAUACCCUCGGGAUUGCUGAAGCUACCUGACGUAUCCAACAAAAUACCGACGAAUAACUUAAUAGCCGGUCAAUUCCCGAGACGCAUCAGCCUCGUUACGGCCGUUGUUAAUCCCUCAGCGAGAGACUCAAGUUCUAGCCCGCCGAGGGUGCAAAGAGGAUAUUCGUGGCGCUUGUCACGACCAUCUUUACGGAGGAAACGAUGGUCGCAAAGCGAUGACGAACAUGCCGGUCACACUACUGUACUUAAUAAUGGACGCAGUACUUUUGUUGGAUCCAAUCCAACUUUUAAUGGCGGUUAUUUACACGGUUCGAUAAGAAACGAUACACAGCGUGACGCACCCAAUAAUCGAACUACCGUCCUGACAAGCAAUAAUCGUAGUUUGAGUCCUAACAAUUCGCUCGAAAGCCAUGGCCCAUGGUCGAUUCGUCGUUACACAGUUACGCCUAAUCAAAUGCGAUGGAUCGGCGAGCUUUCGCGAAGAAAUUCGCUGCGUGGAUACGAGAAUGUCCAGACAUCUACGAGGAAGACGCUACCAUUGGACGAGAUGCUUGCGCCGUCUUCGACUCCACGCACGAUCAACAAUCUCUCGAUGGAGACUGGUCCACUGCCGAGAAUUAAGCGACUUCAUGAACAAGAAGAGGAACGUCCGAGAAUGGGUGGCGAACAGACUCCGCCAUCGAACAGUCACGGCAGCGCGAGCAGUGUCGAGAGGAUCAAAAAGAUAUUCAUGUUUUUCGAACCUAAGGGCUGCUUACAAGAACGUGACAAUUAUUCCUUGUAUUUAUUUCCACCAAAUAACAGGUUUCGUAUCUUGUGUCAAUGGCUUGUUGAUCAAAAAUGGUUUGACAACGUGGUAUUACUAUUUAUCGGAUUGAAUUGCAUUACUCUGGCGAUGGAACGACCGAAUAUACCGCCGGACAGCCGUGAGAGAAUUUUCCUGUCCACCGCAAAUUACAUUUUUACUGGCGUUUUUGCUAUCGAGAUGUUUAUUAAGGUCGUUGCUACGAGUAUGUUGUAUGGUCCAGAUGCUUAUUUUACGUCAGGCUGGAAUAUCAUGGAUGGAUCUCUCGUUAUUAUUUCCAUAAUUGAUUUGUCGAUGUCAUUACUCUCGUCCAGUAGCCCUAGAAUAUUUGGAAUAUUAAGGGUAUUUAGAUUAUUGAGAUCCCUAAGACCUCUGCGAGUUAUCAAUCGUGCACCUGGCUUAAAACUGGUUGUUCAAACAUUGCUAUCUUCAUUACGACCCAUCGGCAACAUUGUUCUAAUUUGCUGCACAUUCUUCGUGAUCUUUGGUAUUCUCGGAGUGCAAUUAUUCAAGGGGGCGUUCUAUUAUUGUGAAGGCCCAGAUAUCAAGAACGUACGCAAUAAAACGGACUGCCUGGCCGAUAAGCGAAAUGUCUGGCUAAACAGAAAGUAUAAUUUUGAUGAUCUUGGUAAAGCUCUUAUGUCAUUAUUCGUCUUAUCGUCACGAGAUGGAUGGGUGAACAUCAUGUAUACCGGUCUAGAUGCUGUCGGAGUUGAUCAACAGCCUAUCGAAAAUUACUCCGAAUGGCGAUUAUUGUAUUUCAUCGCAUUUAUAUUGCUGGUGGGUUUCUUCGUGCUGAAUAUGUUCGUCGGCGUGGUAGUCGAAAAUUUCCAUAGGUGCCGUGAAGAACAAGAGAAAGAGGAGCGCGUGCGAAGAGCGGCCAAACGCGCGUUGCAGAUGGAGAAAAAGAGACGAAGUGAGUGGCCGCCGGGUCAGCUAGAAAUGCACGAGCCGCCGUAUUACACCCAUUAUUCCAAGUCGCGGCUGUUUGUUCACAACGUCGUGACGUCCAAGUACUUCGACUUGGCGAUCGCCGCCGUCAUCGGUCUCAAUGUCGUCACGAUGGCGAUGGAAUUUUACAUGAUGCCGAAAGCGCUCACAUACGCAUUAAAGAUUUUUAAUUAUUUCUUCACCGCCGUCUUCAUACUUGAAUCUUUCAUGAAACUUGUCGCCCUUGGCAUACAGCUUUAUCUGAAGGAUAAGUGGAAUCAAUUGGAUGUAGGAAUAGUAAUACUAUCAGUAGUUGGCAUCGUGCUAGAAGAGGUCGAAUCCAAAAUCAUUCCCAUUAAUCCUACGAUAAUUCGCGUAAUGCGAGUGUUGCGAAUAGCCCGAGUGUUGAAGCUCUUGAAAAUGGCGAAAGGUAUACGUGCCCUUUUGGACACGGUGAUGCAAGCGUUACCGCAGGUCGGCAAUCUGGGGCUAUUGUUUUUCUUACUCUUCUUUAUAUUCGCCGCAUUAGGAGUGGAACUAUUCGGUCGAUUAGAAUGCAAUGAUCAAAUGCCUUGCCAAGGUCUUGGCGAACACGCGCAUUUUAGUAACUUUGGCAUGGCCUUUCUGACGCUUUUCCGGGUUGCUACUGGUGACAAUUGGAAUGGAAUCAUGAAGGACACGCUAAGAGAUGAUUGUGACGAUGCGGCGGACUGUGUUAAAAAUUGUUGCGUGAGCACUAUUAUCGCUCCGAUAUUUUUCGUGAUUUUUGUUCUGAUGGCGCAAUUUGUACUGGUGAACGUCGUCGUCGCUGUGUUAAUGAAACAUCUCGAAGAAAGUCACAAACAGAUGGAAGACGAGCUUGACAUGGAAACGCAGUUGGAGAGAGAAUUAGCUGCGGAGCAGGAAGAACUUCUUGAGGAGGAAGAGGAGGAUGACAUAGCGAUGAAUAGUAGAAUAGAUGGUGAUGAAGAUGACGAUGAUGAAGAUAAGGAACGUGAGUCGAUGGUGGUAAAUGAGAAAAUACACAUUGCAAGACCAGGAUUAGCCAAAGUACGAUCCUUACCCGCGAAUUUUAUUUACAAUCCACCGAGAGAGAGAAACAUAGAUGAUGCCUCGAUUUCCAUAUCCUUGGACGAGAAACGUCGCAGUUCGUAUUAUCGCAGUUCGAGUUCGAGACCGUCCAAGUUUAAGUCAAAACGCAGACAAACCUUCCAUUCGAGUCAUCAUCAACGAAGGUCACUGCUACCGAUGCACUUCGAGGUCGCUGAAGUCUUUGAAAAACCUGUGAGCAAUUUAAGCGUGCCACGUAUUAUUCCACAACGCAGCUACGCCACAGCUAGUCAAGACAUCAGUCGCGUACAAUCGUCUCAGAAGUUGCAAGCGAUCACCAGUGAAACACGUGAAAACAAAUCUCUGCUGACCGUGAGCAAACCGCCAACUAGUCCCUCGAUAGUUACUUCCAUCGGCUCAAGCAGCACCUUGAGCGUUCCGCCGAAAUUGACCAGUGAUCGUUAUCUCAUGCCAACCCCCGAGAUCUACCCGUCCAAGGCGACGAUGAGUCGCCGGACAUCGAGCGAUACGCAAUCACCAUCGCAAUCGGAUACGAGCGCGAGCGCGGGCGCUGGUACCAGUAGCUCGCGGACGCUCAGCAUCGCGAACGGCUAUGCCGGCGGCAAAGCCCGAUUGGAGGAGCCGAAGCCGAGGAUAGAUGAGAAAAGACGGCCGGCGAUGACGAUGGCGGCGGCGCCUCAAGAGGACCUCGAUGUGCAAUCCGUUAUCAACGAGAGGAGGCCGUCCAAGUUGAAGACGCAGGAUGCCACCGGUGCGUCUACCACCACCAGCAUCGCCAGCGAUCAAUACAGCGCGAUGAUCCGUGGCGAGGGCUACAGCCACAUCUACGUCACCACCGAGGACAGAUCCGACGAAGUCCCGUCGCCGUGCGGUAACGCAAGCGAAAGCACCGGCACCGGCAGUCUGAGUGUCGCCGGUAGUCUCAGUGCCGUCGCCAGCAUCAGCGUCGCCGUCAGUGCCGGUGGAGCGGGCAGCAUCAGCAACGGCGCUGCCAGCCUCAGCGGCAACGGCAACGACAGCGACAGUCGGACCGGUGGCAGCGGCAGCAAUGUCGGCGUGCACAUCGGUGAGGGCGGCGCUAUUGGAUCCGACGUGAGAAUAUAUGUGGACGAUACAGACUCGGCAAGUAGCAGCAACGGGCAACGGCGCGGCGGCAGAUUGCGCGACGACGAGACCCCGGAUGCCUCGAUCACCGGGUCCUCCACUACGACGAUGCGAAACGGGGGUAGAGGCAGUGGCGGCACGGACGAGAGCAAGGAGACACCGUCGGAGAGACCGUCCUCCACCGGUAGAUCAUUAGAUCCUUCUUAAUCCAGGGCAAACGAGCCGAAGUAGUCUCUAGUUAUACGCACAGGAGGUUUCAAAGGGAUGAAACAUAGUACUUAUACAACGUAGUACACUCUAUGGCGGAGACACAUCAUCGUGGAAGAUCACAAGGGAGAUUUGAGAAAGGGCUCUAAGAAAGACUGUAGUGCAUGACAAUAUAGCCGUUAUAUUCUAGUCACUUUGCCGCCGUGAACUUGCCAAAACGAACAAGUCGAGCAUUUAAAGGGAGGUUGAACUUUUGGGAAAA